AUGGACAAUGAAGUUUCAUUUCUAAAUGGAGUUCUGGAAGAUGAGUGCAUGUCAAUAGGAAAAAAUGGAAUGAAGAUAAUUUUGCGAGGAGAACUCGAGAGAAACCUCUUAGACAGUUUAAAAGCUCUUACUCUCGGCUUUGNUUCGGAUGUAUUUGAAUAUGAAAUUCUAAAAAAGGUUUCGAAUAUAGAGAAACUUGUGGUGUGUGAUGGUUCUUUCAAGGAGAUGUUCUGUCGUGAAAGUCNUGAUAAUGUGUUACAACAACUGAAAGUAUUACGGUUGGAGUCUCUUGGAAAGCUGACGCAAAGGGAAUCACGGAUUGAUCUCAAAAGGAAACCAGAAUUAAAUGACAUAUGGCGUGGCUCACUGUCUAUACCCAACUUUUGUUUAAGUAAGUUGGUCACAUUGAUUGUGGACGACUGCCAGUUUUUAUGGGAUGCAGUGCUACCCUUCCAUUUACUUCCUUUAUUACCUAAAUUGGAAACCUUGGAAGUUCGAAACUGUGAUUCUGUCAAAACCAUAUUUGAUGUCAAUCCUUCAACACAAGACACAUUAGUUACUCUUCCUCUAAAUAAUUUGGUUUUGUCGUACUUGCCAAAUCUGGAGAAUGUUUGGAACAAAGAUCCUCCUCAUGGAAUUUUAUGCGUGCAACAUUUAAAAAAAGUGCAUAUUAAGGAAUGUAAAAGCCUUAGAAGUGUGUUUCCAGCAUCUGUAGCCAAAGAUCUUGAACUUGAAGAUCUAGUAAUGGAAAACUGUGAGAGAUUGGUGACAAUUGUUGCAGAGGAUAAUACAGAUCCAAAUCUACAGCUUACGCUUCCCUGUCCCUACCUGAGAUCAUUGAAAUUAGGGAGAUUCCAAAAGUUCACGUACUUUUAUUACUGCUCACACAAGUCUGACAUUUAUACCCAUCUGGAAUCACCUACCGAAGAUCAACUUCCUAAUGAAAAGUGCUUGUCAUUAGGGGAAAAUGGAAUGAAGAUAAUUUUGCGAGGAGAACUCGAGAGAAACCUCUUAGACAGUUUAACAGCUCUUACUCUCGGUGUAUUUGAAUAUGAAAUUCUAAAAAAGGUUCCGAAUAUAGAGAAACUUGUGGUGUGGAAUGAUUCUUUCAAGGAGAUGUUCUGUCGUGAAAGUCCUGAUAAUGUGUUACAACAACUGAAAGUAUUACGGUUGGAGUCUCUUAGAGAGCUAGUUUCGAUUGGGUUGGAGAACUCUUGGACUCAUUCCUUUGUCGGAAAUAUAGAAAUCUUUGAAGUCAUUAAUUGUUGGAGUUUAGAGAACUUGGUAGCAUGCCCAGUGUCUUUCUCCAAUCUGACGUGUUUGAAAGUAAAACUUUGUGAUAGCUUAUCAUAUUUGUUGACAUCCUCAACAGCGAAGAGUUUGGGUAAACUCAAAAGAAUGGAGAUAACAUGGUGUGAGUCAAUUGAAGAGAUAGUGUGUAAGGAAGAUGGAAAGGAAUCAGAUGAGGAUGAGAUAAUAUUUCCGCAGCUCACUUCUUUGAAUCUUGAAUGUUUAUACAAUCUUAAAUGGUUCUACAAAGGGAGUUUAGGUUUCCCAUCCUUGGAGGAACUGUCAGUAGAAGAUUGCAACAAAAUGAUAAGUUUAUGUGUGGGAACUAUAGUGGGAGGCAGGAUGUGUGAAGUUAAAGUUGGUGAGUUCUCAGAGACUAUUCAAUUGGAAACGGAGCUCAACUCUACUAUGAGGAAGGAAUAUCUGAGAAAGAAACCAUCGUGGUAUUCGGAAAAGAGUCUUGAAUUGAGAGACAGGGCAGACCUACAAGAGAUAUGGUGUCUCUCACAGCAGAUACCCUUUCGUUUCACUUACUUGGAAACCUUGAUUGUGAAUAAAUGCAAAAUUUCAUCAGAUGCGGUGUUACCUUUCACUUUACUUCCUUUAUUACCCAAAUUGGAAACAUUUGAAGUUCGAAAUUGUGAUUCUGUCAAAACCAUAUUUGAUGUCAAAUGUGCCCAAGAGAUACUCACUUUUCCUCUGAAGAAAUUAGUUUUACGGAAGUUGUCAAAUCUGGAAACCAUUUGUAAUCAAGUUACAGAGGCUAAUCCAGCUCUUUCCUAUGUAACGUUUCCCAAUGUGACGUCAUUGGCACUAUAUGAUUUGCCCAACUUCAUUUAUGAUGAUGCAGCACCAACAUCUGAGCUGAUUAUACCCAACUUAGAGCAUCUGACAGUGGGUAGAAAUGAAUUAAAGAUGAUUGUGGACGGAGAAUUUCAGAAAAACCUUUUAUACAAGUUAAAAGUUAUCGGUGUGUGCUUUGAUAUUGAGUGUGAUGAAUUUCCGGAGUAUGGAUUUCUACAACAGUUGCCAAAUAUAAAAAGGCUUGUGGUGUGGAAUAGUUCAUUCAAGGUGAUCUUCUGUCAUCAAAGACCUAGUAAUAAUGAACUUCUAUUACAGCUGAAUGAAUUACGGUUGGAGUCCCUUGAAGGGUUAGUUUCCAUUGGAUUAGAAAACUCAUGGACUGAGCCCUUUCUCGAAAAUCUAGAAAAUUUUGAAGUCAUUACCUGUUCCAGUUUAAAAAACUUGGUAACAUGCAGAGUGUCUUUCUCAAAUCUGACAUGUUUAAAAGUAGAAAAUUGUGAUGGCUUAUCAUAUUUGUUCACAUCCUCAACAGCCAAAAGUUUGGGUCAACUUCAAAGAAUGAAGAUAAAAGAGUGUAAAUCAAUUGAAGAAAUAGUAUCUAAAGAAAGGGAGGAAUCAGAUGAGGAUGAGAUAAUAUUUUCGGAGCUCAGUUGUUUAAAACUUGAUACGUUAUUGAGUCUCCGAUGGUUCUACAGGGGAAGUUUAAGUUUUCCAUCCUUACAAAAAUUAUCAGUGAUAGAUUGUGAUGAGAUGGUAACUUUAUGUCCAAGUACGCUAAAAGCAGACAAGUUGUCUCGAGUAACAAUUGCAUACCUAGAAGUUAUUCCAGUGGAAACUGAUCUCUACACUACUAUGCAGAAGAAAUUUGGGAGAAAGGUAUGUGUUUAA